CUUCACUACGGUUUCACGAAACUUGAGCUUUGCAGUGUUUGGUAGCCAAUACCACCCGCUGAUCGCUGUCUUCCCUUGAACAAUCGAAUUCUCCCUCUGCAAUACACCACACUGGCGGGUUAUCGACACUGGCAGAUGGAGGUGUCGACAGUUGCAGGCGGAUAGGUUCAGGCAUUGCUACAUGCAGCUACCUUGGAGUACCCCGCAGUCACCAUCUACCAAUCUCCUAGGCCAUACAUCGUGUCAAUCAAGAGAAACGUGCAUUAUCCAGCUUUGGUCGAAUAGUGAUGAAUGGCGUCGGAUGCAUGCUGUACGUUGCAAUGCCCAAACUGAGGUCACCCAACAGAUGCGUCUGAUAGCCAGGCUAUGGCUAUCGCGCAUAUCGUGCAAAAUCGGACUGGAAGAACGUUAUGGAAUGGGCAGGUCGAAGAACAUAAAAGGCGUCAAGUGCCAGCUGCUCAUAGCAUCUACAACUCCAUCCUUCAUCCUAAUCUACAAGCUACAAGCCUCCAAUUCCCCGCCACCAUGCCUCAGGACCUUAAGAACGCCCACUACUCCUAUGACUACCUCCAUGGGUUGAGGGAGAAGUACGAGAAGUCGGCUCAGGACUUCUGCCGCGGUAUGACCUUUGAGGACGCCCUUGCCCAUGUCAAAUCGGCCGGCCGCACAGACUUCACCCGGGAACAGUUGGAGGCUUUUGACACCAACCAUGACGGCAGCAUCAACUUUGCUGAAUACAUGGAAUUGAUGCUCAACAACGACAAGGAGCUCGCGUUCCGUAAUGCCAAGUUCAUCGCUUAGAUUGGGAGGAUCGGCCGGCG